UAGACAACGGCGCCAACCUCGAGGGCUGCAUGGCAUGUGCCGCAUCAGCGUUUUUCACAGUGGACCUUUGUCAUCUGCGCUGGGGACUCAAGGGUCGUGUGGGCUAUCAUGUAUUUACCGCGAUCGCACCGUCUGGACGUGGUGGUAUUCAGUGGGGAAUGAAAUUUUUAGCUAUUCCAAUUCGAUUGCUCGCUUUGUAAACGAAAACACUCUGCGAGAGGCACGGUCCAUGGGCCAGUUUGGCGAGUCCAUGGGCAACUUAGGACUCCGGCUGGGUAUCAUCACAAGUGUCGGCGAGAAGAGCACCGCUUCCAUCGCUCGAGCUUCCCAGGCCAUGGAACCAGCAUUGCUUGUCAAAGUGCAUGAAAAGAACGUCGACACGUUGGCGAGGCACCUCGAGCUCAGUCAAGACAUUCAUGAUCGCUCGCUUGUCGCACCACGAGGACCGCCGCCGUCUGCCGAGUCCGAAGCAGCCAAGCUUGGAGACAUCGCGCAGCUCCGCAAUGAACUCACGUCAUCGACAAAGGACAUACAAGGUGGAAUGGAGUUCGUCGACGAAACGACUUCGGCAGAACCCCGCUCAUGCCCACGGCGCGAUGCGGUACACCAUUGUUUCCAGUUGCUAUUGGACAACGGCGCCAACCACUUGGAUACAGUUGACGUCGGGAAUUUGGCGCUGCAUUUAGCAUGCAUCUAUGGCCACAUUCACGUCGUGACGCUGGUCCUUCGUCGCUCCGGCCGCCCAACCAAUCCGUUUUGGUCAGCCAUGCUUAACUAACGGCAUUCGAUGCGGCCACACUCGAAAUCUCCUCGAAAAUGCAAGCCACCAAGAGCAGUGCAAAUAAGAUGAUGCAUCUUUUGCGUGG